GCUCUCUCUUUCUGCCAUUAAAUCUCAAUUUCGUAUCCGAUUCUUUCCAGAUUUCGCAAACUAAAUGCCGCCUAAUCCAUUCAUCGCUGAAUUUUGUAUUGCCUGUGUUGAUUCCUGAGCAGAUUCCUCUGUUUCCUGAAGAUCUUUUUGGGAGGUUCAGUCGCAGCUGAAAUUCAGUGCGCGAAGGAAAUUGCAUUUCCUCCUCCCCUGAGUUUACUCAGUGGCGUUGGAGGAAUUUGGAGCUUUAACGUUCUCACUAGAAAAAGGUGGCGAUGAAUUUUCACGAUUCUGCUCUGUUUGGAGAUGGAGGAAUGAAGAGCCGAUGAUAAACUCAAAUGAAUUCGGAGCUUGUUCCUACGAGAAGAAAUUCUUAGGAGAGCUCUUCUACUGGUGGUUUUGCAAACGAAUGUGAGAAAUCGAGUUGCGGUGUAGAUGAUGAAGUUGAAGCAUAUGUGAAACCACCAUACCGAAAGAAAGAUUCAUUAGUCUCCUUGUGGCUGUGCCUCGGGUCUCUGAAACAUUUGAGUGCAAAAAGCAGUUUAGGUUUUGCUUGAAACAAAAAGGGGAUAGCGAGUAAAGAUGUUUACGUGCAUAGCAUGUACGAAGCAAACGACGGAUGACAGGGAAGAAGAAGAAGGUGGACGUGACAGUGGCACGCCCAGUACGAAAGAGGCCGUCAAAGGCCUGACGGCGCAGUUAAAAGAUAUGUUCAUUAAGCAAUGCAAACCCUGCACAGGGUCCCCUAGCUACAAGAAAGGGCAGAGACCUUUUCCAGACUUUGAUACUAUAUCUGAAGGGGUUCCAUAUCCCUACAUUGGAGGUGCAAGUUCAAGUUCAACCCCUGCAUGGGACUUUACAAGCUCCCGUUACCCCGGUGGUAGAUCUGACCCCAGAUUUGUUGGGGCCGGACGCGACUCAACAGUAUCAGCACAAUCAUGUGAUGUAGUUUUAGAGGACGAGGACGAACCCAAGGAGUGGAUGGCUCAGGUGGAACCUGGUGUUCACAUCACCUUUGUGUCUCUUCCUGAUGGAGGGAAUGAUCUCAAAAGAAUUCGCUUCAGCCGAGAGAUGUUCAAUAAAUGGCAAGCUCAGAGAUGGUGGGGUGAGAAUUACGACCGGAUCAUGGAGCUCUAUAACGUCCAAAGAUUCAAUCGACAAGCUUUUCAAACUCCCUCGAGGGCUGAUGAUGAGGCAAGAGAUUCUUCUUAUACAAGAUUAGGAUCUGCACGAGAGAGCAAGGAGUGGACACCGCGGCAUCACUAUAGACCCUCGGGAUACAGAGGACACUUCCCUUCUGACCAUUUUGAUCAGGCUGUUGGCCACCAGUUCCAAGCGGGAUCAUCCAUGGAACCACCUCGCCCAACUACUGAUUCUGUAAAUGAACCUUCUGUCAGUAAUGCCGGUGACAUGGAGGCAGAAUGGAUUGAGGAAGACGAGCCCGGGGUCUACAUUACAAUCCGACAAUUAGCUGACGGUACCAGGGAGCUCCGACGUGUCAGGUUCAGUCGGGAAAGAUUUGGAGAAGUAAAUGCAAAGACAUGGUGGGAAGAGAACAGGGAGAGAAUACAAGAACAGUACCUUUGAUUGAAGAAGCCUUCAUCAAACAAAAAUAUUACAGUUGAAAUUAUUCUCAAUUUUGUUUGCCACUCAACCCUAACGAUAUAACUCCACACUUUGGAGUGGAUACAGAACUGGCCUGCCCUUCCACUGCUCUGCACCACCAACAAAUAUUAACGCGUAAGCAAUGGACCGUCCAACGGCCUUCUCAGUUUUGUUUUUUUGUUUUUUUUUUUUUCGGUGCAAGGCGGCAUUAUUUAUUACCACUGUUAUACUCAUAUGAGACUUCAGAUCAUUUUUGUGGUGACUCACUGGUCAAUAUGGGUGACAAGACAACUACUCACCAUUGUGGGAUGGGCAGUUCUGAUAGUUCAUUUCAGUAUAUUUCCUUUCUCCCCAUCUUUUUUUUUUUUUUUGUUUCCUUUUCCUCUGGGAUUAUUUUGUCACGGUAGUUGCUUUGACUUCAUUGAUUGUUUCUAUUUAUUAAUUUUUUCCCCCUCUCAUGCGCAAAGUGUCGUGGCUGCUGCACCACCUCUUGUAUUUACUUUGAGUUGUUAUACAUGGUUACAUCAUAUUAUAAAAUAUA